AUGACCCAGCUGCUCCUGGCGCUCUGGGCGUCCAUGGUGUCUGUGGAGCUCGCCCGAGGCUUGGCGACCAGGGAGCCAGACCAAAACCUGAGCUGCUUCCAGUGCUUCAAGGUCCAACAGCCCAACCAGUGUCGGCCCAUAAAGUGCCAGCCAGACGAAAAAUUCUGCCAGAGCAACGAGGUGCUCGUUUACUCAAGUUCAGUAAGCAGAGCACAGAUCAGCAAGCACUGCACUGUCCAUUGUCCCAACAGCAACAGUCAGUUUGAGUGGCCACUGACAGAAGGAAUUCAGGGCAAGAUCACCAGGCGAUGCUGUUCAAUGCCUCUCUGCAACAGAGCACCUGACAUCCAGAAGAGGUUCAGGGCCCUGCCAGAAAGGAUCCUGCUGCCAAUGGGUCUGGGCCUCUUCUUCACCCUGUUGUGA